CUGAAUGAAUGACUUGCAAACUUGUCUAUCCAUUAUGCAUGUCACUUUACCUUUAGUGUGUUCUUGAGCUCAUUCUCAGGUAAACACAGCUGAGAGGUAGGUCGGAAGACACUGUGUACCAAGGGAUAAGCUCUUAUCUUGAGGCAUCAAAAAAUGGAGCUGAUUGGAUCCACUAUGACAGCCACGUAUGCUCGGCCAAAAACCAGCCACUUCCUCCCUGCCAUCUCCACUAUGGCAUCCAGCUACCGCAACACCCAGCCGGCCCUGACCAUGAAUCCCAAUGCCAAUCUGUGGAGGACCAACAGCUACUACAAGAGCACCACCGCCGUCCCAUCGCUGUCGUCCAUACAGCGAGAGAACUUAGACCUGGUUCGAGCCAAGACCAUGUUCUACCCAUCCAACAGGAGUGCGCUGAGCACCCGCUACACCCCGGACGACUGGUACAAGUCCAACCACAGCAACUACAGGGAGUCCGAGUCGUCCCGGAAGAGCGCAGAGAGACUGAGAAAAGACACCAUCAGGCUCAUGCAGGACAAAGAGCAGCAGACCAGACGAACCCAGGAGAAUACCAGCAAGAACAUUGGCGAGAGGCUCAACGACAUUGUCUUCUGGAAGUCUGAGCUGAGCCAUGAGAUCGACAACAUGGUGACAGAGAUAGCAGCUCUCAAUGAGGUCAAGAGGAGGCUGGAGAGAGCCCUAGCAGAGACUGAGGGGCCACUUCAGGUGUCUCAAGAGUGUUUGUACCACAGAGAGAAACGGAUGUCCAUCGAUCUCGUUCAUGAUGGUGUCGAGAAAGACCUCAUAAAGGAGGUGGAAGUUAUCAAGUCAUGUCAGGAGAGGAUGAGGCGACACCUGGACAGAGCCAUCGCUCAGCUAGCGUCAAACCGUGCAGCCCAGCAUGAACUGGAGAGAGACAUAAGUGACAAAGUGAGAGCUCAGAGGAUAGACGACAAGUGUCACCAUUUGAGGAACACGUCAGAUGGUAUCGGCUAUUACAGAGGGAUUGACCGAGUAGACCCUUCAAUCUCUCUGCCUGACUCCUGGUCAAAGUUCACAGAUGACAACAUCCUGCUCUCCCAGAGCGAGCGCGCUGCCUCCCACAAGCUCAGGGAUGAGAUAGAGAUCUUGCUGAACACCACGUCCAACGAAAUGUGGAACCAGUUCAACAAUGUUAAUGUAGCCUUCACCAACCGCAUAUCAGAAACUGCUGACGCCAAGAACAGUCUACAAACACACCUGGCUAAGACUCUUCAGGAGAUCUUCCAGACUGAGAUGCUGAUUGAGUCUCUGAAGAAAGCCCUCAGAGACAAGGAGUGUCCACUGAAAGUGGCUCAAACCAGGCUGGAGGAGAGGACCCGCAGGCCUAACGUGGAGCUCUGCAGGGACAACCCGCACCACAGACUCGUGAGCGAGGUGAGAGAGAUCGAGGACACCAUUCACAAACUUCAGGAAAGGCUGAUGGAGGCCGAGAACACGCUGCAGACGCUGGUCAAGACCAAAGUGACCCUGGAACAUGACCUGUCCAUCAAGGCCAACUCGCUGUUCUUGGACCAGGAGAAGUGCAUGAGCAUGCGCAAGAGCUUCCCCAGCAUGCCCCGUCUGGUGGGCUACACCUGAAUCAAAUGUUUAGAGUGAGGGCCUGGGAGGGACCAUUAUAGUUGAGGUUUUAAUGCUGGGCUUGGCGUGGUUUUGACAAUGGUGUGAGUCAUUUGACUGUAAAGAACUUCACAAACAACGAUAUUAAAACAUGAUUAUAAGGUG